CGGUGUCAGUAUUAAGGGGGUUGAAUUUAGAGAAAAUGCCAGAUGCAUGGACUUUCCUCAAGGACAAAGCAAACUGUCCGUAAUAACAAGGUGUCCUUAUUAAGCCGGUUUCUGUAAAGCGGUUUGACUGUAAUUACUCGACGGAAACACUACCUUCUCUAGUAACGUUGUUGACAAAAUUUACCUUACUUUGUUUUUAGAAGCUUGUUACUGCUGUCCACGAUGUCGACACGGCGAUCGCAGAGGGUGAAAGUGGUAAGUAAAGUCUUGUUAUUCCUCCAAGCCCGAGUAUUAAUAUUAGUAUUGUUCCAGCAGCAAAAACAAUACAACUUCUGGACGUCACCAGCAAUAUAUCGUCAUACCAUUUUGUUGAUUAAAACUUGCACAGUCACUUGAAACAUCUUGAGAUGAUCGGUGGUAAGGAUAUAACCGUAGUCGAAACCAUGGUCACGGCAUAGUUAUUCAAAAACCGAUCACCGCUUACCCGAUGAUAAAAUCUCGGUUUCUUUUUUUUUUCAUUUUCUGUGUUGAUUAUACAAGUCAUUUUGGAGUAGGCUAAAAGACUUAACCUGAACUUAUAAGCUAUCUAGAUUCUAAUUUCUUGAACACUAACUGGACACACAGCGAUAUGAUCGUGUUACUGAUUUAUUUUGAAGGCCUCUUCUCGUGUAAGCAAGGUUUGAAACCAACCUCGUUCCCAGGUUCUCUCUCCCGACGGGUAGGACAGAACCCUAGAAACGAGGUUGGUUUGAAACGAAGGUUUUUGCCUCCUCCCUCCGCAUGGGUUCGAUAAAAGGGGGGAGGGGUUUUUGGAUUUCCAUAAAGUGAGGUGAGUACAUGCCCAUACCACAAAAGGUCCUUGCCGCCCAGCAAAUUGUUUUCUCCCGUGAACGUCCCUGUUGCUUUCUGCACCCGAUUUCGAAGCGGCCUGUUGCACAAACCUUAGUUAAAAGAGUUUUACGCUGAUAUUCUUCGUUUAGAACCGUUACCGCAUCAAAGCUCGGAACUGACAGAGGAACGCAAAGCGUUAAGCGAAGUCAAAAAUAUACCCUCCAAGGAAUCAAAUGAACCAGUCAAGAUCAAGAAAACAGUGUCAUCGAAGCUCAAACCAAAUGGUACCGAGAAUCAACCUGUGUCGAGUAAACUUCCUAAAACCCUCCAUAAACCGCAUUCUAGCAGCUCGUUAUCGUCUUCUGAUGAGGACGCGGUUCAAUCAAGGCAGCAUGGUUUCGUGCGACCCGGCAAUACUCCUGGUCGAUCUGUGCCUGUACACAGUGUACCCAGGACACCUGGCUUCAGCUUUGGCUCAGGUAAAAAGGUUUUCGUAAAGAAGACAAUUUCCAAGUUCAAUCCGGAUAACAAGCGGAAAAGGAAGUUGUUGAGACCAGUAAACACUGCUUCGAGUUUGGGUGUGAAACUUUAG